CUGAAAUUUGCUCGAGUAAUGAACUUGGUUAAAUGAGAGGAAGUGAACAAACAAGAAUGCCUAAAACAGGCCCUUGCUGAACUAGCGGCGAAGAUCAAUUAACCUCUGAAGGAAAGGAAAGGGUGGUUUAUCUUCGUUUACCCAUAGUGUCUUCCUUUAUUCAGUACUGAAUCGCUCCUUUCCGUUUCUGGAUGAAACUCGAGAAGAAAUCCGGCUCUUUUUCGCUGUAACACUUGUCUCCGCCUCUAUUCCAUUUUCCAUUUUCCAUUUUUUUUUUUCUUUCUCAAUAAGGAAACAAAUCCUCGCAAAACACCAACCCUACGCGGUUCCGGGUGGCUUCUAUGAAUUUAUUAAAACAAUUAUGUAGACCACCAUGGUGUUGUUGGAAACAAGGAUACGUCCCACGUUUCACAAUUGCAGCCGUUGCUUAUGGUCGUCGUGCACCUCGUUCACUAAUCCAGGUCCGAGGAAAAUGGCAAACUUCUUCAGACAGCACUGAAUCAGAACGGUCGUUCCGAAGAUGGGUCACAGGAUUGUCAUUCGUGACCGGAGGAGCAGGUCUGGCUUUCCUAACAUCCAGGGCACGCGCAAGGGCUUCUCGUGCAUACGAAAAUGCUGUCCUUGAUCAUUAUCCAGAGGCGACAGUUGUUGACAACUUUGGCAAGAGACCUCUUGUUGUCAGAGUGUGCAUGAUAAUUGGGAGACUUUGUAAGGUCCUUUUCCUUUUCAUGCCGGUAGGCUUAUGCUUGCCAAUCAUUUUUCUGGGUAAAAGACUUCCAGGUUCGUGGAUAUUCGGACGCGGUGUGUAUGUCUGGCUGCAUUUGCUUGUGAGACAGAUGGAGCGUUCGGGCGCAACGUUUAUUAAAUUGGGACAAUGGGCAGCAUUGCGUACGGAUAUGCUGCCACCGAUUCUGUGUAGGGCACUUUGCAAACUGCAUUCGCAAGGGAGACCGCAUGGCUUUCCGCAUACGGAAUCUGUACUAUUGUCAUCUUUCGGCGCCUCACGACUUCAAGAAUUAUUUGAGGUGUUUGAAAACAAACCCAUCGGCGUAGGCUCCAUUGCACAAGUGUACCGAGCGAAACUUUCGCCUCAGUAUGCUCCAAAAAAGGGCUCUCCAUGGGUCGUUCUAAAAAUUGUGCAUCCAGGAGUGGAGGAACAAAUGCACAUUGACUUAUUCUUCCUGCGCGCACUGGCAUCCUUGAUAAAUCUGGUCCCAACUAUGAAAUGGUUGUCACUCCCGCAAGAGGUGGAUGAGUUUGCAACAAUGCUGCGAAAGCAAACGGACUUGCGUUGUGAAGCAAACAAUCUCAUCCGCUUUCAACACAACUUUAAUGAUAGGAACUACGUGCUAUUCCCGACUGUUGUCAAAGAACUGACAACAAAAACGGUUCUUGUUGAAAGCUAUGCAGAGGGAAUACAUUUGAACAGGUUUCUACAAGCGCCCGGGGGCCCAUUCGACCAUACCCUUGCAUGUAUUGGUGAAGAUGCACUUUUCCAAAUGCUCAUUCGUGACAACUUUUUCCAUGCUGACCUUCACCCCGGCAAUAUUCUUGUUCAGUUGGUAAAGCGUGGCAGACGGAAACGUGUAAGCAUGUAUGAUACAUCUAAACUCAAAGAGAAUUGCUCACCAGAGGAGUGGCACGAAACUAUGCAAAUGCUGUACGACAAAGGCUAUCGUCCCAGAAUGGUUUUCCUCGACGCUGGGCUCGUUGUCCGACUGGGGGAUGAGGACAGGAGAAACUUUCUCGAUUUGUUCAAGACUGUGCUAAACCUCGAUGGAUAUCAGGCUGGCCGAUUGAUGGUUGAGAGAAGCCGACAACCUGAACGGGCGAUUAAUACACACGUGUUUGCAUUAAAAAUGGAAAACUUGUUGAUCCGAGUGAGUCGCCAAACAUUCUCUUUGCAGAAGGUUCAGCUGGGUUCUAUAUUGCAAGAGGUUAUGACAAUGACUCGUGAACAUCAUGUUCGUGUGGAUCCAAACUUUGCCAAUGUUGUCUUGUCUAUUCUUCUUGUUUCCGGAAUCGGUCGGAUUCUGGAUCCUGAUUUGGAUCUUAUGAGCAAUGCAACUCCUUAUUUGCGAUAUGCUUCCGUGAAAGGCGCAACAAACUUUAGCACCAAUAAUUCGUGGUACGUAACGUUGUUUUUCUGGUUGGCUCUUGAGCUUCGUGACUUUGUACUAUUGUCAACAUCAAAACAGACUGUUGAAAACUGGGUAAAGGCCGAUAUGAUCUCACCAAGCGUAUAAAGCAUCAUUGGUGGUUCUGAUAUUGGCUAUCCCUCUAUAAAAUAGAUUCAACGGUAUCGAUUAAUUCUAAGUUUAAUUCAUUGCUUCGUGGCUUUUUCUCCGUUCAUUUGUUCAUUUAUUUGUUCGUUCUUUUUCAUUAAUGACUAAGAUAACGUCGGCCCUUUCUUUUUCUUCUAUUCAGUAUCCGUCGUCCCAAAUGUGUUCGAAUUCGAGACAAGAAUCCGUGUUUACGUUUUCUUCGUAUGUUGGAGGGUUGAUAUUCCAUUCCAUAAGACUUCCAACGCUGUUGCGACCAACCGAAAGGACUGACUGACGGGGUCUGUUGCGUUUGACUAAAUGGUGAUGCUUUUGAAAAAAAAGACGAAAUCAUUUUACCGGAAACACAUUUCUGAAUAUUGGAAAGCCCGAUGAGACGAAAGCUACUUUGCAGAACAUUCAUUCUAAUUCAAACCUUGUAGACUAAAAUAGCGGUGACAGUCAGAUCUUUUAAUAUUUCAGGUGAAUAUAAUAAUGCUUUUCUAAAGCCUUUUUUUAUAACGAGACGCCCAGGAACAGUG